GCAGCCCCCAGCGCUAGACUAGCCCAACGCGUCCCGCUUCGCAGCGCAGCGCACGGCGGCACCAUGGGGUCCCGCAACUUGGAGAUGAUUUUUGACCGCGUGGGGCACUUCGGCAGAUACCAGAUAUUCCUCUAUUUCAUAUGUGCCUUCCAGAACAUCUCUUGUGGUAUCCACUACUUGGCUUCUGUGUUCUUGUCAGUGUCCCCCCAGCAUACCUGCAGGCCCCCUGGCAACGUGAGUCAGGUUCUUUUCCACGAUAUCUCUGGCUGGAUGCUGGAGGACAUCUGGACCCGAUUUUCCAUAGGCCGGGAAGAUCACAUCAUAGUGCAGCUACAGAACGGUGAGGUCUGGGAGCUCACAAACUGCCGCAGGUUCCGAAGGGAUGACAAGUCGAGUUUGAAUUAUGAUUAUAACGGCCAUAAGAGUAGCUUUCCUUGCCUGGAUGGCUACAUCUAUGACAAGAGCAAGUGGCAAAGCACCGUGGUGACUGAGUGGGAUCUGGUGUGUAACCGGGAAUGGUUUGGAAGGCUGAUCCAGCCCAUAUUUAUGUUUGGAGUCCUGCUGGGAGCAGUGAUCUUCGGCUACCUUUCUGACAGGGCAGGAAGACGACUUGUCUUGUGGUCCACAAGCAUCGGUAUAUUUUUGUUUGGCGUAGCAGCGGCAUUCACAUUUGAUUAUUACAGCUUCAUGAUCACACGCUUUCUUCUUGCUAUUGCUGCAAGUGGCUAUCUUGUGGUGGUGUUUGUCUAUGUGACAGAAUUUGUUGGCAUGAAGUCCCGGACAUGGGUGUCCAUUCACUUGCAUUCCUUUUUUGCAUUUGGAACCAUGAUGGUGGCUUUGACAGGCUACUUUGUCAGGACCUGGUGGAUCUAUCAAAUAAUCCUCUCCACAGUGACUGUCCCCUUUGUCCUGUGCUGUUGGAUGCUCCCGGAGACACCUUUUUGGCUUCUCUCAGAGGGAAAAUAUGAAGAAGCACAAAAAGUAAUUAACACGAUGGCCAAGUGGAAUAAGACGAGAUCCUGUAAACUGUCAGAACUUUCAUCACUGAGUUGCCAUGGUCCUGCUGGCAACAAGCCCUCUGAAGUUGAGAAGCACAGCCUAUCAGAUCUGUUUUAUGACUGCAAUAUUGGAACAAGGACACUUACUGUUUGGCUGACUUGGUUCACAGGGUGUUUGGGGUUCUACUGCUUUUCCUUGAAUUCUGUUAAUUUGGGAGGCAAUGAAUAUUUAAAUCUCUUCCUCAUGGGAUUAGUGGAGAUUCCUGCCUACAUCUUUGUGUGCUUCGGGAUGGACCGUGUAGGGAGAAGAAGCAUUCUGAUUUUCUCCCUUAUCUCAAGUGCCGUGGCCAGUGCUGUGAUGAUGGUGAUCCCCAAGGAUUACCAUGUUUGGUUUGUGGUGGCAACUAUGGCUGGGAAAUUUUCCAUAGGGGCAGCGAUUGGCCUUGUUUACCUUUAUACAGCAGAGCUGUAUCCAACCAUUGUAAGGUCACUGGCUGUGGGGAGCGGCAGCAUGGUGGGCCGUUUGGGAAGCAUCGUGGCUCCAUUCUGCAUUUAUCUCUCCAGCGUUUGGAUCUUUACGCCCCAGUUGGUUGUUGGGUCUUUGGCCUUCGUGAGUGGAUUACUAACAUUCACGCUUCCAGAAACCCUUGGGAAGCCUCUGACAACUGCUUGGGAGGAGACUGAAAAAGAGAGCAAUUCAGGCAAAUUACUUCCUACGACCAAUAAUACCGAGUUGGAAAACACCGCAGUGAUUAGCCCUGGGGAGUCUGGUCCUAAUAAAUAAAUGUGCCAGGUGCCCUCCAGCACCUGAAAUACCAUGUAAUGCCUUUGUAUUAGAGGAACAUUAGUCUCAUCUCUUAUAUGUCAUGUUAUAUAUGUGUCUUGUUAAAACUUUUGUAAGAAAGUUUUAAAACGUUUUAUAAAAGUAGAAGAAAAUAAAAACAAAGAUGAGAA